CUUCAAAGCAAACACAGAUUCCCCCUCCCCCUUAAUAUUUAAGAAUUAAAAGAUGAUGAGAAAUAAGGACAAAAGCCAAGAGGAGGACAGUUCGCUACACAGCAAUGCAUCGAGAGUCACCUGGAAUGCUUUAUCUUCUGAAGCUUACAAAUACAGUUUGUUCAAAUCACGAUUUGUUUCAUAUUUGUUGGAGUACAUUAUUAGUGACUAAGUAAUAAAGCCUCUGAGACAUUUUGUUGUAUGAACUGUAUAUUAAUUUUUAAAAGUGCUUAUGAAUACAUUUCUUGAUGUGUGUUCUUAUAAAUUGUCAUGAAUUUUAAAUCAUGCAGUUAAGGAUGUGAUUGGUUAUAUGAUUUUUUUAUCCAAUUUUGUUUUUACUUCUAUAAUUUUAUAGAAAUAUACUUUAUUAUUAGGUUAGUGAAUUCAAAAGUUUUGAGAUGGUUUAUUGCAAGGUUGAGUUUUAUUUAUGUUUUAUUAUACUUAACAAUAUUUUGACCCUUUAAAAAUACUUUCUAAAUUCUUUUGCAAAUUGAGUUGUCACACAGUUUGGACUGUCUUUUGAACUGAACUGCCCAUGUAAUUACCCAGGUUUGAUUUAGGACAGGAAACUUAUCUAACUGAUCCUAAACUGCUUUUUCUGAGAAGUUAACACCAAUUUGAAGAAACAGGAAUCCCCAGGUGGAUUUGACAAAUUACUAAAGAUUCAGUAUCUAAAAUUGUUACUCCCUUGAGUAUUUAUGAUUUGCAUAGUCUCACAUAGGUUUUGGCUCUCUUAUGCAAGGUUUGUGGUUAACAUCAUUGAUGAGACUGCCUUCUAAUUUAAAAAAUUAAGCAGUGUUGCUAUUCUUUCUUUUAAUAAUUUACUUACCUAGAAAACGACUUGGAAGUUAUCAUGACUUUGCCUGUUGGCAGUGGGGUUACAGCUUAACUGGAAGCGUGCACUGUACUUUCAAAUGCAUUUUGUCAAGUGUUUUGAUUCACAAACCUGAUGAAUGUCCAAAAAUAUCUGAUAGACUCCCUGAAGAUGGAGUUUUAAAUUAGUUAUUCGAAAUUGCAUAUCUGAAUACAUGUACAUAAUUAUGACAUCACUUCCUUUUAAAAUUAUAAAGCUUAACAGGAUGCUAGUGGUGUUUUAUUGUAGUAGAUUAAUGUUACUUUUAGGAAGCUACAUUUAAGGAGACUGUUUAGGUACUAGUACUUGGUCCCUUAAUCCAUUAGAAUUUCCUCGCUAGGACCUAGUUUCUAUGGCACAAAGUCUAGUGUGCAGGGAAUACUACAAAAAUUUUGUAUCCUGAGCCACAAGAGGGGAAGGGAGGAGUUUGCAGGUCAAGUAAACUUAGAAUUACUUUAGGAAUAUGAAAGGAUUGAGUGCAAGUUUAGGUAAACCUGAUACUUCCCUGUUUUGGAAAUAAUGCAGUCACUUAAUAGUUAUUACAUAAAGUUGUAUGUUACUCCUGUAUUCUUUUGUUAAUGCUUUUAAGUAUGUUACACGUUGCAUAUCGUGAUUUCUGAAGAUUAAAAAGUUCAUUUUCAAAAAAUACGAAUUUAAAAAUACCUUGAUAGAUUUGUGAAGUUUCUAAAUAUUUAAAACAAAGUUUUAGUGAUGGACAUACAUAGAAAUGUAUACCACACACUUCUUACCCAAAUAAUUGGCAGUUUGGGAUAACUCCAAUAAUACUAAAGAAUGGAGACAGGAGAGAAGGGAAUGUGAUUGGAACUGUGUGUGCACACAAAGAGUUCUGUUUGUUCUAGGACGCUGCGUUUGCAAUUUUAUCUAAAAACACAGUUUAUUAAAUUUAUCUCUAAAUCGUCUGCCUUUGAACCAGAUUUAUUUUGUCAACCUCCGAUGUGGGCAAAUUUUAAUCAGCCUUUUAGCAGUUAUUCUAAAAGCCUGGGGCUAAUUAGAAAUGGCAUAAUGCAGUUGCUUGUGGACUGAACAGGCAGUUUUUUAAGUGGCAGCCAUUUUAUGAUGCUGAUAAUUCUUAAGAAUCGGGAUUUCUGAGAAGACAAAAUCGAAUUGAAACUUGAAAUAUCAAAACUCCUUCCCACCCCCAGCCUCCCCUUUCUUGGUUCUCUGGUGCGAAAAUAAGGGGCAGCUUGGUAGGUAGCGCGGGCAGCAACUCCGUGAGCCCCUGGCAUCUUGGUGCAGGUCCAGCUCAGUCACAAAAUGGCUGUUCCUUUGUGCCGCAGCGCUGACAGACAUACUGCAUUGCACUGUGUACUCGCCAAACAGCAGGAAGUUGCCGUGCCGAGUUCAAAGGCCGGCCGGCGCCGGCGCCGGCGCAUGCUGCUGAUUGGCUGUGCGCACGCCUGGUAACAGCGGGUCAACAGCGGCGGCCUUCGGCAGGCCCCGCCCCGUGACGUCAGGCGCGUCCCCUCGCUCCUAGGAGGAGCGAACGCAGUGACGUAGGGCUGCGUGCGCAGCCGGGGUGCUGCCUCUUCGUCUGGGGAGCCGGCAGCUUUGGGGGCGCGGGGUAGGAAAGGGAACGGGAAGCAACCCGGACUGGGGCUUUCCGGUGGGUGGUCACCCGACCGAUUUCGCCUCUGGCAGUCCUCUGCGCCCUUCCUCUUAGUCCACACCCUGCAGCGUGUAUUUUCUUUGCCCUUCCGUCGGAAGGGUUGGCGUCUCAGAAAGCGGCUUCUACUUUUGGAGAAAGUAGAAGGCACUAUUCGGAAGCCUUAAAAUCGAAAACCUACCAGUUUUUACAUUUUUCGCUUUCCUUUCUCAUAUUCUAGCGGGUCUUUUUUUUUUUUUUUUUCCUUUUUUUACCUUUUUUGUUCAGCGUGAAGAGAUUAGUAAACUUAAUCUUGUGUUACCAUUGACCAAAACCUUUUCACUGCCAAGAGGAGAUAUUUUUGUUUACAGUGAAAGGUCUUAACGGGUGUUACAGCUGUUGGGUGAUCAUGGCUCAUAAAAAAAGGGAGGAUUAUUUGAACUUGUCCCCGUCCCCGUGCAUUUUUACUUGGUACCGUACAUAUUCUCAGUUGGCAUUUGAUGGAGGAAAACCCAGCCACUCAGCAUCUGAAGAGGCUUCGGGUUCAGACUCAGGCAGCCAGUCGGAGAGUGAGCAGGGCAGCGAUCCAGGAAGUGGACAUGGCAGUGAGUCAAAUAGCAGUUCUGAAUCUUCAGAGAGCCAGUCGGAAUCUGAAAGUGAGUCGGCGGGUUCCAAAUCCCAGCCAGUCCUUCCAGAAGCCAAAGAGAAGCCAGCCUCUAAGAAGGAACGGAUAGCUGAUGUGAAGAAGAUGUGGGAAGAAUAUCCUGAUGUUUAUGGGGUUAGGCGGUCAAACCGAAGCAGACAAGAACCAUCACGAUUUAAUAUUAAGGAGGAGGCAAGUAGCGGGUCUGAGAGUGGGAGCCCAAAAAGAAGAGGCCAGAGGCAGCUGAAGAAACAAGAAAAAUGGAAACGGGAGCCCUCAGAAGAUGAACAGGAACAAGGCACCAGUGCAGAGAGCGAACCAGAGCAGAAAAAAGUGAAAGCCAGAAGACCUGUCCCCAGAAGAACAGUGCCCAAACCUCGUGUUAAAAAGCAACCUAAGACUCAGCGUGGAAAGAGAAAAAGGCAAGAUUCUUCUGAUGACGAUGAUGAAGAUGAUGAAGCUCCUAAAAGGCAGACUCGUCGCAGAGCAGCUAAAAAUGUUAGCUAUAAGGAAGAUGACGACUUUGAGACCGACUCUGACGACCUCAUCGAAAUGACCGGAGAAGGAGCCGAUGAACAGCAGGACAACAGUGAAACUAUUGAGAAGGUCUUAGACUCAAGGCUGGGAAAGAAAGGAGCUACGGGAGCUUCUACUACUGUAUAUGCGAUUGAAGCUAAUGGAGACCCAAGUGGCGACUUUGACACUGAAAAGGAUGAGGGUGAAGUCCAGUACCUCAUCAAGUGGAAGGGUUGGUCUUACAUCCACAGCACAUGGGAGAGUGAAGAAUCCUUACAACAGCAGAAAGUGAAGGGUCUAAAAAAAUUAGAGAACUUCAAGAAGAAAGAGGAUGAAAUCAAGCAAUGGUUAGGAAAAGUCUCUCCUGAAGAUGUGGAAUAUUUCAACUGCCAACAAGAGCUGGCCUCAGAGUUGAACAAACAGUAUCAGAUAGUCGAAAGAAUAAUCGCCGUGAAGACAAGCAAAUCUACAUUGGGUCAAUCAGAUUUUCCAGCUCACAGUCGGAAGCCGGCACCUUCAAAUGAACCUGAAUAUCUAUGCAAAUGGAUGGGACUGCCCUAUUCAGAGUGCAGCUGGGAAGAUGAAGCUUUGAUUGGAAAGAAGUUCCAGAGCUGUAUUGACAGCUUCCAUAGUCGGAACAACUCAAAAACCAUCCCGACGAGAGAAUGCAAGGCCUUGAAGCAGAGACCACGAUUUGUGGCUUUAAAGAAACAGCCAGCAUAUUUAGGAGGGGAGAAUCUGGAGCUUCGUGAUUAUCAGCUAGAAGGUCUCAACUGGCUUGCUCAUUCCUGGUGCAAAAGUAACAGUGUAAUCCUUGCUGAUGAAAUGGGCCUAGGAAAGACCAUCCAGACCAUAUCAUUCCUCUCCUACCUGUUCCACCAACACCAGCUGUAUGGCCCCUUUCUUAUAGUCGUCCCUUUAUCCACCCUCACCUCAUGGCAGAGGGAGUUUGAAAUCUGGGCACCAGAGAUUAACGUAGUGGUUUACAUAGGUGACCUGAUGAGCAGAAAUACGAUACGGGAAUAUGAAUGGAUUCAUUCUCAGACUAAAAGGCUGAAGUUCAAUGCACUUAUAACAACAUAUGAGAUUCUCUUAAAAGAUAAGACUGUGCUGGGCAGUAUUAACUGGGCCUUUCUGGGAGUGGAUGAAGCCCAUCGGUUGAAGAAUGAUGACUCUUUAUUGUAUAAAACUCUGAUUGAUUUCAAGUCCCACCAUAGGCUCCUGAUUACGGGGACCCCUCUGCAGAAUUCCCUCAAAGAGCUCUGGUCCUUGCUGCACUUUAUUAUGCCGGAGAAGUUUGAAUUCUGGGAAGAUUUUGAAGAGGACCAUGGGAAAGGAAGGGAAAACGGCUAUCAGAGUCUCCAUAAGGUGUUGGAACCCUUCCUUCUCCGUAGGGUCAAAAAGGAUGUAGAAAAAUCCCUUCCUGCCAAAGUGGAACAGAUCCUCAGGGUGGAGAUGUCUGCUCUGCAGAAGCAGUAUUACAAAUGGAUUCUGACCAGGAAUUACAAGGCUCUUGCCAAGGGAACACGAGGCAGCACGUCUGGUUUCCUGAACAUUGUGAUGGAAUUGAAAAAAUGCUGCAACCAUUGCUACCUGAUCAAACCCCCAGAAGACAGUGAGCGAGAGAACGGGCAGGAGGUUCUCCUGUCCCUGAUCAGGAGCAGUGGGAAGCUGAUUCUAUUAGAUAAACUGUUGACAAGACUUCGAGAAAGGGGGAAUAGAGUCCUUAUCUUCUCCCAGAUGGUCCGAAUGUUGGACAUCCUGGCUGAGUACCUGACUAUCAAGCACUAUCCUUUCCAGCGUCUGGAUGGUUCCAUCAAGGGAGAAAUCCGAAAACAGGCCCUGGACCACUUCAAUGCAGAUGGGUCUGAGGACUUCUGUUUCCUGCUCUCGACAAGGGCUGGUGGCCUGGGAAUCAAUCUGGCUUCGGCAGACACGGUCGUCAUCUUUGACUCUGACUGGAACCCCCAGAACGACUUGCAGGCACAAGCCCGAGCCCACAGAAUUGGUCAGAAGAAGCAGGUAAAUAUUUACCGGUUGGUUACAAAGGGGACUGUGGAGGAGGAGAUCAUUGAACGGGCCAAAAAGAAGAUGGUAUUGGACCAUCUGGUGAUUCAGCGCAUGGAUACCACUGGCCGGACAGUUCUAGAAAACAACUCAGGAAGGUCCAACUCAAAUCCUUUUAAUAAAGAAGAGCUGACAGCUAUUUUGAAAUUUGGAGCAGAGGAUCUCUUCAAAGAACUUGAAGGGGAGGAGUCAGAGCCUCAGGAAAUGGACAUAGAUGAAAUUUUACGCUUGGCUGAAACUAGAGAGAAUGAAGUGUCAACAAGUGCGACAGAUGAGCUUCUGUCACAGUUUAAGGUUGCCAACUUUGCAACAAUGGAAGAUGAAGAAGAGCUAGAAGAGCGGCCUCAUAAGGACUGGGAUGAGAUCAUUCCAGAGGAGCAAAGAAAAAAAGUAGAGGAGGAAGAGCGUCAGAAGGAGCUAGAAGAAAUUUAUAUGUUGCCUCGAAUUCGGAGUUCCACUAAAAAGGCUCAGACAAAUGACAGUGACUCUGACACUGAGUCCAAGAGGCAAGCCCAGAGAUCCUCUGCCUCUGAGAGUGAGACCGAUGACUCCGAUGAUGACAAGAAGCCAAAGCGCAGGGGGCGCCCCCGAAGCGUGCGGAAGGACCUUGUCGAGGGAUUUACCGAUGCAGAGAUCCGAAGGUUCAUCAAGGCAUAUAAGAAGUUUGGUCUCCCUCUUGAACGGCUGGAGUGCAUAGCCCGAGAUGCAGAGCUGGUAGAUAAGUCCGUAGCGGAUCUGAAACGCCUGGGUGAGCUGAUUCACAACAGCUGUGUAUCAGCAAUGCAGGAGUAUGAAGAACAGCUGAAAGAAAAUGCCAGCGAGGGGAAAGGACCAGGGAAAAAGAGAGGCCCAACAAUCAAAAUAUCUGGGGUUCAGGUUAAUGUGAAAUCCAUUAUACAACAUGAGGAAGAGUUUGAGAUGCUGCAUAAAUCUAUCCCUGUGGACCCUGAAGAAAAAAAAAAAUACUGCUUAACCUGUCGAGUGAAAGCUGCACAUUUCGAUGUCGAGUGGGGGGUAGAGGAUGAUUCGCGUUUACUCCUGGGAAUUUAUGAGCAUGGCUAUGGAAACUGGGAGUUAAUUAAAACGGAUCCAGAGCUUAAGUUAACUGACAAAAUUCUGCCCGUGGAGACGGAUAAAAAGCCGCAGGGGAAGCAGCUGCAGACCCGGGCGGACUACUUGCUGAAGCUGCUCAGGAAGAGUCUGGAGAAGAAGGGGGCUGUGACGGGCGGGGAAGAGGCCAAAUUAAAGAAGCGGAAGCCUCGAGUAAAGAAGGAAAACAAAGAGCCCAGGCUGAAAGAUGAGCAUGGGAUUGAGUUUUCAUCACCUAGACACUCAGACAAUCCAUCGGAAGAGGGAGAAGUAAAGGAUGAUGGCUUAGAAAAAAGUCCAAUGAAAAAGAAACAGAAGAAGAAAGAGAACAAGGAGAACAAGGAGAAACAAAUGAGUUCUAGGAAAGACAAAGAAGGGGACAAGGAGAGGAAGAAGUCAAAAGAUAAGAAAGAGAAGCCUAAAGGUGGUGAUGCCAAAUCUUCAAGUAAAUCAAAGCGAUCUCAGGGUCCUGUCCAUAUUACAGCAGGAAGUGAGCCUGUCCCCAUUGGAGAGGAUGAGGACGAUGAUCUGGACCAGGAGACAUUCAGCAUAUGCAAAGAGAGGAUGAGGCCCGUGAAAAAGGCACUGAAACAGCUGGACAAACCUGACAAGGGGCUCAAUGUGCAGGAACAGCUGGAGCAUACCCGAAAUUGCCUGCUGAAAAUCGGAGACCGGAUAGCCGAGUGCCUUAAAGCCUACUCAGACCAGGAGCACAUCAAACUGUGGAGGAGGAACCUAUGGAUUUUUGUUUCCAAGUUUACAGAAUUUGAUGCUCGAAAAUUGCAUAAAUUGUACAAGAUGGCUCAUAAGAAAAGAUCUCAAGAAGAGGAGGAGCAAAAGAAGAAAGAUGAUGUGAUUGGUGGUAAGAAGCCAUUUCGACCAGAGGCCUCAGGCUCCAGCCGGGACUCCCUGAUAUCUCAGUCCCACACCCCACACAACCUUCACCCUCAGAAGCCUCACUUGCCUGCCUCCCAUGGCCCACAGAUGCACGGACACCCAAGAGAUAACUAUAAUCACCCCAACAAGAGACACUUUAGUAAUGCAGAUCGAGGAGACUGGCAGAGGGAAAGAAAGUUCAACUAUGGUGGUGGCAACAGCAAUCCUCCGUGGGGUAGUGACCGGCACCACCAGUAUGAGCAGCACUGGUACAAGGACCACCAUUAUGGGGACCGGCGACACAUGGACGCCCACCGCUCUGGGAGCUACAGACCCAACAAUCUGUCCAGAAAAAGACCUUAUGACCAGUACAGUAGCGACCGAGACCACAGGGGACACAGAGAUUAUUAUGACAGGCACCAUCAUGACUCCAAGCGGAGGAGAGCCGAUGAAUUUCGGCCUCAAAAUUACCACCAGCAGGAUUUCCGACGAAUGUCUGAUCACCGCCCCCCUGUGGGCUACCAUGGCCAGGGACCCUCGGACCAUUACCGCUCUUUCCACACAGACAAACUGGGGGAGUAUAAACAACCCCUGCCCCCCCUGCACCCCGCCGUCUCAGACCCUCGCUCGCCCCCUUCUCAGAAAUCCCCCCACGAUUCCAAGUCACCCCUGGAUCACAGGUCUCCUUUGGAGAGAUCACUAGAACAGAAAAACAACCCAGAUUAUAACUGGAAUGUUCGGAAAACAUAAAGGACAGCUGGGAAUGAAGGGGAGAGCAAGAGUCAUUAAGCACCUGGAUAUUUUUGGUCUGAUCCAGUAGGAGCCAGUUAUCUAGACCAGUGAGUGGAGUUUCUGGACAUGCUGCUGCUGUCAGCUCGCCGGUGGAAGGAGCACCUCAAGGAGCGGGGGGCCUUUCACUUGGUCCAGCUUGGGUUUGGGUCGCCACUCCUGCACUUUGACACCCCCUCCCAUUCCAGCCUGGUCCUGGCCUCCCACUGCGAGGAGUGCUAGGAGGAAGACGUGACUUUUGUGUCCCAGCUUCGUGGGCUGUGUUUCCCCAGUGAAGGAAGAAGGGAUCUCAGUCACGAGGAUUUUGUUGCUGGGUCCGUGUGCUCUGGGCCCAUGUGCAGUGGGCUGGGAAGGAGCGUGUGUGUGUGUGUGAAGGUUGACGGGACCUGCUGGGCCGUGCGUGAUCUGCUUCACUGUGAUGUGACGGAUGCUGCUGACAGGGCGGGGCGUGGGUGUCGCCUCGUAAGACUUGAAGGGGAGCAGGUACACUCCUCACAUGUGUUCUUGGGAGAACCAUACACUUGGGCCUCCUUGUGAUGCCUUUGGUGCAGGGGCUGGUGGGGAGCAGCUUCCACAGUGGCCCCUUCCCUACAACACUAACCUUUCCCACACUAUCUGGACAUUUCAGAGGUUCGGUCUCCUGAGCGGGUCUCCUUUGCCCUGGUCCAGGGGAGAGUCGGGCCUAUCUGGCUAACUUGUGCGUACUGUGAGUUUUCGGCAGCGUUGGAGCUGGCGUGGGUCUUCCUUGGCUGGGAGUGGGGUGAGAGGGGUGAGAGAGGGGCUAGAGGGGCGGUGUGGCCAGGGACCCGGAAUCCCCGGUGGGGUUCUGAUUCCUGGGAUGAGCAGUCUGAGGGCAGGGCCUGGAGAGGAGGGGAAGCUUGCUGCAAGCGCGCGCCCAGGCAGGGGUGUGGGUGGCAGGCAUGCUUCCCGGGGGAGGUUGGGGGGGGGGGGCUUCACUGUUGCGCCAGGUCAGCGUUUGCAGCCACGCUCGUUACUUCAGUUCCCUUCGCACAGCUUGAAGAAGUAGACUGCACAGAACAUGCAACUCCUGACGCCACAGGGCGGGUGGACAGAUGAAGUCUGGGUCCCUGUUGGGAACAGGCUCCCACUCCCAGUCGGAGAUCGUUAGAAUUGAACUCCAUUGUUUUUAGAAUGAGAUCAAAUAAGGCGUACACCUAAGGUAAAGUUUUUCCAAAAUAGGAAGCCUCCAAGGACAGGGGACUGAGCUGCAGACAGUAAGAGUCCUACUCGGGUUGAACAGAGUCAGAAGUGGGAAGGUGAGUCAGUUGUACCAAUUAAUCAGGCUCCUUUCAUUUUACAUUCUACGGAUACUGGGCCUUCCAUUUUAUUCCCUUUAAAUAUAGCUUGCCAGUAUUGUUUGACUGUCCAAAGGCCUUUCUAGGUGGAAUAACUGACUUGAACCUACACUGUGCCUAUAUGCGUCCAGGCUCAGAGCUGGUGACCACCUUUCCAUUGGGUGUGCACAGGGUUAAACUCCCUGAACUGACCUGUGAGGACUUCAUAAAACUGUUAUCGCUUACUUGCUGGUAACCUGGGCAGCACCAUUAUUGCCUUUACUGAGAAAUUCCCAAGUCCGCUCGCCCUAGGGAAGCAGAUGUGGCUUUGGUGGGUCAUCGCACGCAGCCUCGUGGGGCUGGCCGGGUGUGAGUUCCACAUGAGAGUCUGGGUCCUCACAGCUUAUGUUGGGAGCUUAGUAGGUCUGCCCCUUCCUUAUUUAUCUCCUCUCGGGACUGGGAUUGUUCACCGUGGGCUCGUAUCCGGUGACCAUGCCCUGGACCACAGCCCGAAGAAUGCCUGGGAGCCUCUGGCCACAGCCACUCCACUGGGCACAUGCUGUGACUGCUUGGGAGAGAAGAGGGUGUCUGCUGUGGCCUCCACCAGCUUAACUUCUUGCUGACACUACCCUGUGUCUUUCUUGCCCAGGCCAAAGAGGAGGGCUAGGUUGGCUUGUCCCUUCCUGUGGUGGGAGGAAGGGAGGGAGGGAUGAGCCCCAGGAUGUCUUCCCCUGUGGGAGGGAAGUCAGGCUGUGUCCCCUGGGAAGCCAGGAAAGUCACCGGAGGCCCUGUGUUUCAAUACUCAUCAGGGUUUUUUUUUCCUCUGAAGCUGAUAGGAGAUGUGAGUUAUUCCCAAAGAUGUCUCAUCAUGAAGAAAAAGGAACUUCCUUUUGUUUACAUUCAGGACUUACUGUGCCAUAUGAUGUAGCAAAAGGCAAUAUUAGCCAGAUCAGUGUUAAAUUGAUUAUAAAAUUACAGUAUCCCCAUAAAAGCAUCUAUUUUAGGUGUUGAGGUAUGUUUAAAGAGUCAGGAAAAAGGAGGCAUUUCCUCACUGACCUAAAUCAGUAUGAAUAUUGUAUGCUUUUAUCAAAAACAGAUUUGCACAGAUAGGAAUUCUCUCCCUUGUGGAUAGGAUAAAGUACCCCAGGAACCUGUGAGGGUGAUAUCACAGAGCCUAGCUUUGAAAGAUUCAGUAAUUGGGUGGAGACUGCAGGGGUUGAGGAAGAGGGGAGUUGGCAUCACCUGAAGUCUGAGUGUGGAACAAGGGUUAGCAUGGUAUCCCACAGCCCUGGGAAGGGGUGCGGUGAGAGCCCCAGGCAUCACUGCGGUCUUUCGGAGAUGCUGGAGAGAAGCUGCCAGGCCCUCUGCAGAGCCCCAUCUUACGGCCCCUGGUCCCCCUCUCUCCUAGUCCUUGCGUUGGCCCUUUCACGGGAAGCCAGAACACUUCUCGCAUCGUGCUGCAGGCACUCUAGCCUGAUGGCUGAGAGCUAUAUCAGGAUGUGUGGUGCACACGCGAUUCGGUUACGAAUUCACAUGGGGACACUGGAACCCUACAGACCAAAAUCCACUCGUCAGCAGGAAUGGUGGCCCGGGGCCCAGCACUGGUGGUCUUCCGGGCUCGUCUGAGGGCCGCAGUAUCAGGCGGAGAGAGCCAGGCCAAGGGUCCAGGCUGCUUUAGUCCAUCUGACCCCACUCGUUUGGGGACAGAUGGUUUUUCUUUAUUGUAAAAUUGUGGACUUUUCAAACCUGUUGACUAAACAGUAAUUAAUUUAUAUUUGUGAAAAAUGCCACUGUCCUAGUGAUUUCUGAUGUAAAUAAUGUUGUUUAUAUAGUAUGUAUUAAAUUUUCCUACAUUGUA